AUGACUCCCCCUGCACAGGUGUCCAACCAACUCACAAAUGCAGGCAAAGGCAAACUGGCACUCACGGGAGACUUCAAUUUCUCGGAAGUGUUCGAUGUGAGUAUUGGGACUAUCCAGAUUCUAUUUAUAGAUGACAGCAACAGCCUGUAUAUCCCUGUGUUCACUCUCAAGAGUUCGGUACACGGAGACGUACGCAACUGGAGCUCAGCGCUGGACGGACGCGCACGCUUCUCGCUUAUAUGUACCUACUACAACGCAAGACAGUGUAUAUGGGAGCCUAUCAUUGAGCCGUCGUAUGAGGAAGAUCAG